AUGACGAGCGUCUCCUCUUAUAACAAUGAUAAAGUCGUCACCGCUGAGGUGGAAUAUCCUGCCAGCGAUCCUGCUUCUGGGGCGUUCUUCCAACCAGAUUAUAAGAAAAAUGAAGAUCUCAAGAUGAUGCUGGACGGUUCUAAGGACUCAUUGAAACUUGAAGCCAUGAAGAGGAUAAUUGGGAUGAUUGCUAAGGGAAGAGAUGCAUCUGAUUUGUUUCCCGCUGUAGUGAAGAAUGUUGUGUCAAAGAAUAUUGAGGUUAAGAAACUGGUCUAUGUGUACUUGGUACGAUAUGCAGAAGAACAACAGGAUUUAGCAUUAUUGUCCAUCAGCACAUUUCAAAGGGCAUUAAAGGACCCAAACCAGUUGAUCCGAGCCAGUGCUUUAAGGGUUCUUUCUUCUAUCCGUGUCACUAUGAUAGUGCCCAUAGUAAUGCUAGCUAUUCGCGAUUCUGCAAGCGAUAUGAGCCCCUACGUAAGGAAGACAGCCGCGCAUGCAAUACCAAAGCUUUAUAGUCUGGAUCCAGAUCAAAAGGAAGAGCUUGUGGCGAUCAUAGACAAACUCCUAUCGGAUAAAGCUCCUCUGGUAGUUGGGUCGGCGGCCAUGGCCUUCUCAGAAGUUUGCGGUGAUCGAGUUAGUCUAAUACAUAGGAGUUUCAGGAAGCUGUGCUCCCUCCUGGCGGACGUGGACGAGUGGGGCCAGCUUGCCCUACUCAACGUGCUGACGGUCUACGCGAAGACUUGCUUCCCAGAUCCAAACGAGGAGAGCGGGUCGAGCGACGAGUCCGGCGAGAGGCCGUUCUACGACUCGGACAGUUCCGGGGCGGGGGGUGAGGGCGGCGGGGGCAGGGGCAGCUCCUCCCCCAGCCUGGACGCCGACCUGCGGCUGCUGCUGCGCGCGGCCAAGCCGCUGCUGCAGAGCAGGAACGCGGGCGUCGUCAUGGCGGUCGCCCAGCUCAUGUACCAUUGCGGGCCAGCCCAAGAGCUGCCCCCCGUCGCGAAGGCUAUGAUCCGCCUCCUAAGGGCACCUAUCGAGGUCCAGAGCGUGGUGCUGAACGCCAUCGCGUCACUAACCGUCUCCAAACAGUCGCUGUUCGAGCCGUACCUGAAGUCGUUCUACGUGCGCAACUCGGACCCGUCGCACGUGAAGCUGCUGAAGCUGGAGAUCCUGACGAACCUGGCGACGGAGGCGACGGCGGGCGCCGUGCUGCGCGAGUACCAGGCCUACGUGGGCGGCGGCGAGAGGGCGCUCGCGGCCGCCACCGUGCACGCCAUCGGCCGCCUGGCGCUCGCCGUGCGCGCGCACACCGACACCUGCCUGCGGGGCCUGCUGCACCUGCUCUCCUCCAGGGACGGGACGGUGGGUGGGCGCUUUCUAGGACUGCAGCUGCUCUCCUCCAGGGACGGUGGGUGGGCGCUUUCUAGGACUGCAGCUGCUCUCCUCCAGGGACUGGUGGGUGGGCGCUUUCUAGGACUGCAGCUGCUCUCCUCCAGGGACGGUGGGGGGGGGCGCUUUCUAGGACUGCAGCUGCUCUCCUCCAGGGACGGGACGGUGGGUGGGCGCUUUCUAGGACUGCAGCUGCUCUCCUCCAGGGACGGGACGGUGGGUGGGCACCUUCUAGGACUGCAGCUGCUCUCCUCCAGGGACGGUGGGUGGGCGCCUUCUAGGACUGGCAGCUGCUCUCCUCCAGGGACGGUGGGUGGGCGCUUUCUAGGACUGCACCUGCUCUCCUCCAGGGACGGGACGGUGGGUGGGCACUUUCUAGGACUGCACCUGCUCUCCUCCAGGGACGGUGGGUGGGCACUUUCUAGGACUGCACCUGCUCUCCUCCAGGGACGGUGGGUGGGCGCUUUC